UUUUACGAUUGUCCGGAGGCUUUGGUAGUCCUCUCAAUGCCCUCCUUGGCCGCCAGUUUGCAGCUGUUGGUGUACCGGCCCGGAAGUCAUGCUUUGUCAAGACUGAGGACACACUUCAGAAAAGUGCAAACACAUCUCUGGUCCCAUACCGGGAACAGAGCACAGGCCAGGAAGUAGCUCCUGCCCCAGAGAAAAAACCUUACUCCCCAUUUCAAGUUCCUGUGAGUAACAAAGUGGACUAUGCCUUGGCAAGGCUGGAUGACCUUCUCAACUGGGGCAGGAAGAAUUCUCUGUGGCCCCUUACCUUCGGUCUUGCUUGCUGUGCUGUGGAAAUGAUGCACUUCGCUGCCCCGCGCUACGACAUGGACAGGUUUGGGGUGGUGUUUCGAGCCUCCCCACGACAAGCAGACGUCAUCAUCGUGGCGGGGACUUUGACCAAUAAAAUGGCACCUGCUCUGAGAAAGGUCUACGAUCAGAUGCCGGAGCCACGGUGGGUGAUCUCGAUGGGCAGCUGUGCCAACGGAGGCGGCUACUACCAUUACUCUUACUCUGUCGUGAGGGGCUGUGAUAGAGUUAUCCCUGUCGAUAUCUAUGUACCGGGUUGUCCCCCCACGGCAGAAGCCUUGCUGUACGGAGUAUUGCAGCUGCAGAAAAAGGUCAAGCGCAUGAGCACAUUGCAGAUGUGGUACAGGAAAUAGGACAACAACAACCAUCUUCUUUUGUUUCAUGUUUUCUUGUGCACAUGGGUUUUUAGAAAUUUGACAAAAAUUUUAAAUUAAAUAUCAGGAGUCGCACCUCAACACUCUGUUUGUCAAAAUUGUGCGGCUAUGUGAAGAAAUGAGGACAUUUUCUUGAGAGUUUGUGGGAAUUUAUUCCGUCCUAACUAAAAAGAUUUUAGCUGAAGAUGAAUACAGUUCUUGCGCUAUGAGAUUAAUGCAAUGUCAAUUUGCUGUGUUUAUUUCGAAAUGGGGAUGCCUCACGAUAACUUGAUCUUUUUA